CACUGCAGCACCUCCGCCGCGGAGUUGGGUAGGAAUUAGGAAGGCUGUGCCUCCGGGUUGCACGGAGAGUCCAUGUCAUUUCUCAGAAAUCUCCGAUAAGUGAACCUUGGAGGAAACACCACCGAGCACAGCAAGACCUGGAAUUUCCACCCCUGUCUGUCUGCUUGGGAGAGACACAGAAAUUGGUACUUCUCAGAGUGAAGCUGAGGAAAGGGCUGUCCAUCAGUCAGAAAAGUCUCAAAGUGCUCCUUCAGCCUGAGGAAAGAAGAGAUGGCUGCUGGAAGGAGGUGAACCCCAUGAGGAAAGAUGGCUUCUGGCUUGGGCCCUGCCUAGCAGCAGCUUGAGUUCCUCAGCUGGCUGGCUGGGAUGUGCCACUAGGCCACCAUGGAUGGAGCCCACGGUGCCGCCCUGCAGCUGCAGCAGCUCCCACCCACGAGCAGUGCCAACUCCAUGAGCGAGGGCUCCUUCUCCUACAAGGAAAAUUUGAUCGGCGCCCUCUUGGCGAUUUUUGGGCACCUUGUGGUCAGCAUUGCCCUUAACCUCCAGAAGUAUAGCCACAUCCGCCUCGCAGGCUCCAAGGACCCCCGGGCCUAUUUCAAGACCAAGACAUGGUGGCUGGGUCUGUCCCUGAUGCUGCUGGGUGAACUGGGCGUGUUCGCCUCCUACGCCUUUGCUCCACUCUCCCUGAUCGUGCCUCUCAGCGCAGUCUCCGUGAUAGCUAGCUCCAUCAUAGGAAUCAUAUUCAUCAAAGAAAAAUGGAAACCUAAAGAGUUUCUGAGGCGCUAUGUCUUGUCCUUUGUUGGCUGCGGUUUGGCUGUUGUGGGUACCUACCUGCUGGUGACAUUUGCACCUAACAGUCACGAGAAGAUGACAGGCGAGAACGUCACCAGGCACCUUGUGAGCUGGCCUUUCCUUUUGUACAUGCUCGUGGAGAUCGUCCUGUUCUGCUUACUGCUCUAUUUCUAUAAGGAGAGGAACGCCAACAACGUCAUCGUGAUUCUUCUCUUGGUGGCAUUACUCGGCUCCAUGACGGUGGUGACGGUCAAGGCUGUGGCCGGGAUGCUUGUCUUGUCCAUUCAAGGGAACUUGCAGCUCGACUACCCCAUUUUCUACGUGAUGUUCGUGUGCAUGGUGGCAACCACUAUCUACCAGGCCGCGUUUCUAAGUCAGGCCUCACAGAUGUACGACUCUUCCUUGAUUGCCAGCGUGGGCUACAUUCUGUCUACAACUGUCGCUAUCACAGCAGGUGCAGUGUUUUACCUGGACUUCCUUGGGGAGGACGUGCUGCACAUCUGCAUGUUUGCGCUGGGGUGCCUCAUUGCAUUCUUGGGCGUCUUCUUAAUCACGCGAAACAGGAAGAAGGCCAUUCCAUUUGAGCCCUAUAUUUCCAUGGAUGCCAUGCCAGGUAUGCAGAACAUGCAUGACAAAGGCAUGACUGUCCAGCCUGACCUCAAAGCUUCUUUUUCCUACGGGGCCCUGGAAAACAACGACAGCAUUUCUGAGAUUUACACUCCUGCCACACUGCCAGUCAUGCAAGAAGAACACGGCCCCAGAAGCGCCUCUGGGGUUCCCUACCGAGUGCUGGAGCACACCAAGAAGGAAUGAGACUCGCCUCCCUCCAUUUGUAACUGUUCAAGCCCGGCUGGCAGUGGCUCGACCCUUAAUUCUAAAAUUUGCCUUUCAAGUCUCAUUUUUUGUUUUUUAACUGACAACUCCAUGGAGACUGAUCUUGGAAAGCCUUUGUAUCUAACAAAAGGAUACAUGAUCUUGGUCUUGGAAAUUUCAAAUGAUGAGGGUCAGGGAAUGAAAGAGUAUUCCAGAUGGGAGAUAUGGAAUUCAGCCUCUGCCUGGUUUUAGCCCAGAGGUAUUUAGAAAGCCUGUUUACCAUCAGUAAGGUGGUAACUGAGCUUCCUGGAUCAACGAUCAAAGGUUGCAACAUUCUUCAGGAGCUAAGGCAAGGUAGAGGUUCCACUCUGAUCUAAGGUCUCGAACCCAGUGAAGGGCUGGAGGCCUCUAACUCUGUCUUCCUCCACCUCACACGCAUGCCUGGUCUCUCUCACUCAUGAUGCCAUAUCUGUGAAAUAUUCGCAUCCUUCACACGGCAGAGCGGGCCAACCCUGGGCAGGACAUUCUGUCACUCUUGUGUGACAUCUACCUUCCAGUUGUCUCUGCCCUUCCAGUGAAGACAUGCUUGGUGUGUUUAUAUUGACUCUGCUCUGAAAACUAGUUUGGGGCCUGGGAGAACUACCAGAUUAGGUUUUCUUUCCCCCAGGGGAACUGGUGUUCAGGGGAAGAUUGAGGAGGAUGGGGGAAAGGUGAGGUUACUGCCUCCCUCUUGAUCAUACAAAACAUGAUCACACCACUUGAGAAGAUAGAACAUCUGGCUGUUACAUGUUAUUUUUUCCCCUGCACAUCAGUGCCCCCUGGGAAAGUUGAGGGUACUCACUUCAGAGACAGCAUCUUGCACAUCUGCUCCACACUCCCAAGUCUCCUUCUCAGUCCACUUUGAGUUAUUGGUCAGUUUCCUUGGAAUCAGUUGAGACUCCCUGGAUCUUAACCUCCUGCACGUGUGUCUGGGAGAAACAAGCUUUCUCAAAAAUGGGCUAUUUCUUUCUUUCUGUUCCUGACUAUCUUCUCCUAGACUGACUGUAUACUUCUGAGAGUGGCAGGUGAAGGUUUGCACACUUUAAUGACCAGAUGGACCUCCUAGGAGUUUAUGUAAAAUGCAAAUUCCUAGACCCCAACUGCGGGCACUCAUUAAAUGGGACUGCAUGCUUAACUGGCACACAGGUGGUUCUGAUGCCAGAAAUCCAGAGAUCCCACACCUGGAAAGCCUAAUAAUGGAAAAAGAAGGGCUGCUAAAAAAAACCCCAGGGCCCCGUGCACCCCGGUUAGGAGGUUGAAAUUACCAGUUAUUUCCUCUCUGGGAUUCUUUUUGGCAGGUGAAUAAUCCCCAUAGAACCUGUGGCAUUUCUUCAUCCUGUGAAUGCUCUUAGAACUACACUCACUGUUUCCAGAGACAGCCUUCAAUAGGCAAGAAAACAGUGUUAAUAGACCAGUGUUGACAGAUGUUUAUCUUUACAGAUGUGCUUAAUGCUGAUUGAGUACCUUGCCUUCCAAAAUGCCUUCAUUUGUUGCCUGUGAUAACCACUUCUGUAUUGUGUCUUUAAUGCCUCAGAAGGCAACAGACAAUAAGCUUUUUUUUCCCCUUAGGAUGGGUAUCAACUCUACUUAACAAUAUUUAUAAGGCAUUUGCUAUGUGUUAAGUGUUGGGGGGAGGGGGGGUCAAAGCUAUAGAGAUAAGACAUAGUUCCUGCCCUCCAGGCCAGCAGGGGAGACCAAAUUCCCAGGAAUCUCUGGCAGGGCAGGCUGUGACAGGUGUAUGUGCAAUAGUGGGCCACAGAAAAUGAGUCGUGGUGGCCCUGGUAAAGGUCAGACCCUGAGCCCAAAGCACCAUUCAGAGUUGGAUUUUGGCUCCACUCAUGGAUGGGUGGUAGAUCUGAGCAAAGCACAGAAAGUAGGGUGAUCAUCCCACACACACACACACACCCCAGGGCAGAGGGGCCAGCAUUUGCAAAGGCACAGAGGUGGAGAGGGGUGGUUGGCCAAAAAAAGAGAGCCAGGGAAUGUGGUGGGAGACAGGGCUUGAAAGAUAAGCAGCAAAAGCCAAAACAUGGGGGGUCUCGAGUCCCUGGCUGAGGAGUUUAAAGCGUAUUCCUUUUUUUUUUUUAAGCAUAUUCUUGAGAGCACAGGAGCCAUUGAUAGUUCAUGAGGAAGAGACUGCAGGAUCAGCACUGGUGAGAAAGGAGGACUUGUUCAGUGUAGAGGAGGAAUCAGAAUUGGUAAUAAGUCACCUUUCAAGGUCAAGCUCUGAGCCUGCAAGAAAACAACAGAAAGGGGGAAAUAAAAUCAGGUUUCAGGGCUAUUCAAGUAUUCUUCAUUUCCCAAGUGAUUUUUCUAAGGCUGGGGGCAAGGGCAGAGUGAAUGAAGGUGAACAGGAAGGCUAUUUAGGUUGUCAGACUUCGGGGGUCAGCAACAAUUCUGGCGUGUGUGCUCCCAAAUUCACUCUGCCCCUCCUUCCCACUUUGUUACGGGCCUUUUAACCCAGGGCCAGCCAGCUUUCUUGAGAUGAGUAGAUAAAAGUGCACUGUCAUUUCAGGUCUGCUGCAGAUCACGGGGACAAGGCCUCCCAGGAACUGCUGCUGGGGCCUGAGUGGCUCCCCUACCUUCAGUUUGGGGGCGGUGGCAUCUUUCCACAUAGCUGAGCCACGAGAGGUUCUGAGCAGAAACUUACAGGGUGGUUUCCUGAGUGGAAGUCAGGGGAGGUCCUUGAGCAGUGGGAAGGACAGCUGGUGUGGAGCCAUCGUCACCAAAGUUCUCAAUCUGUCUUGAGCUAACUUCUCCCAGUCUUUGUUCUUAAGUGUAAAUGAACCGUUUGCUGGUGGCAAUAAACGGCACUGUUAGGAUGGAGAAGAACAUCAGUUCUGUGUGUUUACCAUGGCUCUAACAUCCCCAGGCUCUCUUGGGCAGCAACAUUGAAUAUCACACCUGCAUCUCCUUCCUAGCUGCCAGGUGUGGUACUCACCAAACUUGGGUUUAAACUUCAGCUGCCAUCACAUCAAGCCUCAGGUUCACCAAGGGUUUUUGCAGCAUGGAGUUGAAUGCCAGGUAGAAGAGGGAGGGCUGAGGUCUCUGUUGCUUUUCUGGUGGAAACCGGACAGCUUGAUGUCCCCGUGUGGAUACAGAACGUCCAUGAGGGGAGCAUUAGGCAACCUGCCCUGCAGUCUUGUGAAUUCCAGAUCUGGUCCCACACUGGCUGAUAGGCAAAAUAAGUUACCUCUGUGUUUGUCUGAGGAGCUGUGUAUAUGAAGUCACCUUAGAUUACAUUUUCUGUGGUUGCUUAUAUUUUGUUAACUUCACGACUCAUGUGGCAUGUCUAAUUUUUCGAAAAACGUGUGCUAUGUGCAAAUAACAUUAUGAAGUUGUAUUUAAUUAAAAAAAAAUCUACGACAUA